UAUGUUGAUCUAUACCACAUUUUACAAAAGGACUGUAACUUUAAAUUCUCCAUUUGCUACAGAGAGAUUUCUCACUUCACUUACUGUGUUCAUGUUUUUGAAAAAGUCACCUUCACUUGAACAAUGAACUCCUGUUUUCCUACACUGCUCGUUUGGAGUAUGUCUCUCAUUUUUUCAGUACAAAGUAAUGACACAUAUGGAUACCUGGGCGGUGCACUAUACCUUCACUUGAAUGUUGAAAAUAUCCUGAACAGUUCAGCUUUGAAAAAGGACACCACUUUGGUAUUUAAGGUUAAUAAAGCUGUCAGUCAAUUUCAUCAAGAGUACAGAAACAGAACUGUAAUCUAUCCAAAUGGAACCAUCAGAUUCAAUGAAGCCCGGGCUACCGAUUCAGGACAUUACAUUGUGGAGAUGUUUGAUGAAUCCGGUAAGAUGUCACACCAAGCGGCUCAUACUGUAAUCAUUAUUGAAAGUGUUGUAGAAGGAGUGUUGGGGAGCUCAGCGCUUUUUCACCUGAAAAACAUGACACAUGGCACUGAAAUGAAAUGGAACAAAGGCAGUGCUGUUGUGGCUUCAUUAAUUAAGGGUAAACCUUGUUACUUUGGCUACUAUGAAAACAGAACAGAGAUCUUUGCGAAUGGAACAUUAAGGCUGCACAAGAUUCAGGAGAACGAUUUUGGGAUUUACACCGUGAAUGUGACUGAUAAAGAUGGAAACAACGCUUACACAGAAUAUGCAGAAUUACUCAUAAGCAACCUAACAGAGUUACCAUGUGUAUAUGGAGCCACGGCCUGCUCAGUGACCUUCUUUAUUGAACACAUGGAUGGUAGAAACAUUUCUGAUGCAAAAUGGAAGAAGGGAGAGAACUCUGUAGCUGAGUUUAAGGGUCCUACCCCUUGUUAUUAUGGAGAGUAUGGAAGCAGGGCAGAGAUCUUUACGAAUGGGACCCUCAGACUGGAUAGGACUCUGAAAACUGAUACUGGAAAUUACAGCGUGGAGUUCUUUGAUAAUAAAAUAAAACAGAAAUGGAUAACUCAGUUAUUUAUUAUGGAUCCAGUGUCCCAGCCUGUGUUGAAAUAUUCCUGCCUACCCAAUGGAGAAGUUCACUUUUACUGCUCUGUAGAAAACGGGAGUGACCCUGUAUUCCAAUGGAGUUUAAAUGGAAACACUCUACAUGGAGAUAGUGUCUUCCAUAGUGUUAGAAAACAUGUGCUAGUUGUGUACAAUGAUUCUGGAAGUUUAGUUUGCUCUGCUCGAAACCAUGUCAGUGAAAAGCAAAGCGACCUUGUUUCAUUUACCUGUGCAGGAAGGCGCAGGAUGAAUUUAGUUAUAUGGUAUGUGGUUGCUGUCAUUGUUGGCAUUGCAGUAUUUGUCUUCAUCCCAGCUGUAGCUAUGCAUAAGCGGAGCAACACCAACCCACAGCCCCAAACAAAUUUAAUGCUUUUAACUCCAGUCCCACAACAAGAAGAUGAAAUGCCUGAUCACCCAAGCCCUCCAGAAGACAGAGUGUGCACCACGGCCACUGAACUCUCAACCUUCACAUAUUAGAGAUUCACACUGAAUGACACUUUUAUACAUGCAUUUGUUUUCAUUUUGAAAUGUAAUGUAAUUAUCUUUUUAAAUAUGUUAAUGUGUUCAAUAAACAUUGGAUGAGAGAAAAACCCUCACAUGUAAAUAUGGGCUUAUUUUGGUGAUUUAUUUUUUUGUAAAUAGCUUAUUUAUUUUGUACCAAUACUUAUUCACUCCCAUAUUCUACAGUAUAAAUGUGCAUAAUUAUUCCACCGACUACAUCAAUGAGAGUAUUAUCUUUAUUUCUAUGUUUAAAUGUGUUUAUUUUAUGUUAGUGUUGUAAAACGUGUGUUUACUGAACCCACAACAGGGUUGACUAUGAGCUUUAGAUUCCUGAUUGGCUGUUAAUUUCUAUGUGCGGAAUGUCAGCUGGGAGCAAUGCUUAUUGGUCAGUUCCCAUCUGACAUUCCAAUUGAUUUGACUCUGAACACCUUAAAACACAGGUAGUUCAGAGUAAUAGGAGAGAAUGAAUCUCAGUACCUGAGAGGUAGCCAUCAACAGGAGGCUGUACAAGCCUCAUUUCACUUUUUGUGUGCAGAAACCAGCCACACUAUUUUAAAUAUGUAUUUUUAAAGCUUUUGUUUAACCUUUUUGUUUUAUAAUUUGUAAAUUAAGUUAAGACUGGCAUUUCAACCCUGUAUCCAGUUGGUGUGUCAUCCAUUGUGUUAUGAAGGACAAUGUGAAGCCUUGCAUCCUUACACAUGCUAACAACACAAAGUGAAAAACUGAAAUAUGAUACAUUACAAAAUUACACUCAAAGGAUAAACCAUAGUGCUUUUUUUAAUGCUACCGAGGAACCGAAAUACAAAGGGAUAGAUUAAGCUUCACAUUGUUAAUAGCAGCUACCAGAAAGUAAUAAACUUGUUAGUAAUCUUAAGUUGUUUUGUAUUUGUUUAAGAAUUGUAACUGGUGGUUUAUAUAUUUAUGUAUUUAAUUUAAAAAUUACAUUUAGCUAAUAACAACUUGGGGUAAAAAGCUUUAAAAAUAUGUCCUUAGAUGUAUUUUUUUGGAGUAUUUCAUGUUAAAGUAAUACUAAAAUAAUCUAAAAUAAUGUGAAAAAACAAAGCUCUCAUUUUUGAAAUACUCAGAAUAUAUGCAAUAUUAAGAGUAGAACCAAACAAGGAAAAAGCAAAUGGCAAGAUUAUGAACAACUGAACUAAUGUCGAGUCCUGUACAUGUGCAAAAUUAUGCAACAGGAGGAGAAAUGAGUAAACCAAAAUUCACCCAUCAUAAAAUCCCAGUUAGAUAAUUUCUGAGAACCCCAAGGGAGAGAGUGUUCAGAUAUCCUGUUUUAAACUGAAAAUGAAUGUGUGUGUCUUGCUCAUUCCUUCUAGUAUAUUGUCUUAUUUUCUUAUUCUUUUUACAAUAUUUUUUGUAAUUAUUUGCUUUUUGAUUGUGUGAAGCACUUUGAACCUCUUGGUAUG